UGUAACUGGAAAACGUGUUUGCCGGAUCUUCGACGUCGCGUCGUCGCCUUCGCAGUUUUCCUCCCGUCUUUCGUUUUUCCGUUUUUCCGAUUUUCUUCGCGCCUUGUGCAUUUUUUCACAGUGAUUAAUAGCCCUUCCAUUAUCGGAAAAACUCAUCCUCAUACCCGAACAUCCAUCUUAAUGUGCGUGCCAACCUGUGUUCUUUUAUUUGUUUUUUUCCUGUUCAUUUGUCAUAACUGGCAGCAAAUCGAAAAAAUUAAUUAAAUAGUAUGAAACACGAUUAGAAUGCUGUGCUCAAGCUGAGGAAUAUUGCCGACUAAGGAAUACAGCGACAGCUUGAUACUAAAUAUAUUAAAUUAAUUUACGAACCUGGUAUAUUUCGCUGACCAAUGGAGUACAUUUUUUGCCAAUCUAAUGCUGAGUAGGCCGUUUUUAUCAAUAAAAUGCGCGACCUCAAGCAGCGUCUCUUCGAUCUGCUACGCUCCGGUGGCAACAACAACAACAGCAACAACAACAGUAGCAGCAACAGCAACACGAACAACAGCAGCAAUUCGAACCACAACAAGGGAAAUAACCAGUCCCAUAAACAACAAACGCAUGUGCCCGCCCAAAAACCGAAGAAACUACACGAAUACACGGCCGCUGAUUGCAAUGCGGCCUUCCUGCGGAAAUACCAUGAUCUCAGUAUAAACAGAGAUCGGGAAUUGGACAGGGAAAUGGGCAGGGAAAGGGAGCGGGAGCGGGCUGGACCUGGUCCAGGGGCACUGCCGUCGCCCAAUGUGAUCUACUUCAAUGAGAACCUGUCGAUGGCCAGCAAAUACAACGUGCGACCCUUUCCCCUCACCCGCUAUCCCUCGUGUCCGCUGAGCAGCUUCGGCGCAGCCUCGCAAGAGGGAAGAGGUGGAGGUGGAGGUGGAGGAGCAGGCGGUGGUCGCCAGGAGGGCAGUGCUGGCAGCAGUUUGGGCGAGGAGGACACCGAAAGCGAACCCUAUCACUUUUGCUCCGACGAGGAUCGCAGUAGUCACACCGCCACGCUUAAAAUGCGCCACCACCAUGGCCUGGAAAUGGAUGCCUCGGUGAACGAGGAGGAUGCCGAUCUGGAGGACGACCAGGCCGAGUCCCAGCUGGACUCCUUCUGCACCCUCUGCACCUCCACCUUCAGCUACAACAAGUGCUGUCGCUUCUGCGAGAACUCACUGUGCGGCUCCAAGUGCAAUUCCGAGCGCGGAUCGCAUGCCAGCAGGAUGAGCCGCAUCAGCCACAUCAGCAGAGGCCUGGCCAGUGGCUAUCCCGCCGAUCCGGACUUCGAUACGCACCAGAAUCCACUGCAGCAGUACAGAUUCGGAGGCAGCAUGCGAAUGCUGGGAAAUCAUCAGCCAGCGGCCAUCAGAACCAUAAACGAUUAUGCGCUCAACUCGAAUCUGCACCUGAACCACAGCAACAAACUGAACAAUCUGCACGGCAGCAAGCUCCUGCACAGCAACCAAAACCACAGCAGCAAUAGCAGCAUCAAUCCGAGCAGAAUGCACGCCCACCAGCUGGACUCCUACCUGGGCGGAGUGGGCGGUAUGAUGAAUCUGGGGAGCAUGGGCCAGCAAAUGGGCCAGAUGCACCAUCCGGGGAGCGUUUCCGGCAGCGAAAGACCCAACGGAGGAGCUCUGGCCCUUCACUAUGCCGCCGCACGUGGCUGCCUCGAUUGCGUCCAACUGCUGGUCGCCGCAUCCGUGGAUAUUUGCGCCAAUACGCAAAUGGACAACGAUGUCACGCCCGUUUAUUUGGCGGCGCAGGAGGGCCACUUGGAGGUGCUCAAGUUUCUGGUGCUCGAGGCCGGCGGCUCUUUGUACGUCCGUGCACGCGACGGCAUGGCACCGAUCCAUGCCGCUUCACAAAUGGGCUGCUUGGAUUGCCUCAAAUGGAUGGUCCAAGAUCAAGGUGUGGAUCCCAAUUUGAGGGAUGGCGAUGGAGCCACACCCCUGCACUUUGCGGCCUCCCGGGGCCAUCUGUCCGUAGUCCGUUGGCUGCUCAAUCAUGGAGCGAAAUUGUCCCUGGAUAAGUACGGCAAAUCCCCAAUUAACGAUGCUGCAGAAAAUCAGCAGGUUGAGUGCCUGAAUGUCUUGGUUCAGCACGGCACUUCGGUGGAUUACAAUGGCAAGAGCAGCUCGCAGCGGCACAAGUCGCAGCAGCAACUACACCACCAGCAACAUCAGCAGCAGCAGCAACACCAGCAACAGCAGCACCAGCAGCAGCAGCAACACCUGAGCAGCAGCUGCAACUCAAAUUCAAAUUCCUCGAAGCAAACCAGUCGCAGCAAUACGAUCAAGUCCAAGUCCUCCUCGACUUUGAGCUCCGAUGUGGAGCCAUUCUACUUGCAUCCACCGGCCAUCACAGGCGGAGCUGGAGGAUCGGCAAUGGGCCUGGGCAUGGCCAUGAGCAUGGGCAUGAGCAUGGGCAUGGGCAUGGGAAUCUCGAGGAAGAACAGCGAUGCCCUCUACUCCCAGCAAUCGAGGAGCUCUUCCGAGAAGUUAUACAAUGGUUCGUCCUCUUUGGGUGGAAAUCCGGGAGUGACUAGUUCUUCGGGAGCAGGGGGAGUAGGAGGAGGAGGAGGUGGUGGUGCCCUGCUGCCCAACGAUGGGUUGUAUGUGAAUCCCAUGCGCAAUGGAGGCAUGUACAACACGCCUUCACCGAAUGGCAGCAUCUCCGGGGAAUCCUUCUUCCUGCACGAUCCGCAGGAUAUCAUCUACAACCGCGUGAGGGAUUUGUUUGUGGACUCCGACUGCAGCAGCAGUGUGAAGCAGCAUGGCAAGAGCCAUGGCCACGCCCACUCACACUCACACUCGCACCAGCUGAUGCAGUCGAAGGCGGGCAAUGCGAUGACCAUCCAGGCGGACGUGCACUCCAGCUCCAGUGGGGCGGGCAGUGGCUCCGACGAGUCGGUGUCCAUCUCGUCCAGCUUCAACUCGCCGAAGCAGCAGCCGCAGCAGCUGCGCAGCCAGAGCUUCAAUCGGCACGGCAGCAGCAGCAACAUCAGCAACAUAAGCAACAUCAGCGCCAGCGGCAACAUCAAGAACAACAUCAACAACAACAACAACAACAACAACAAUAGCAACAACUACAAGCCGCACAAGGGGCUGCCAAACAAUCAGAAUGGCGGCGGUGAUCACGACUACGAGGACAUCUAUUUGGUGCGCGAGGAGUCGCGCAAGCAGCACCAGCAGCAGCACCAGUUGCAACAGCAGCAACAGCAACAGCAACAGCAGCAGCAACAUCAGCUACAACACCAGGCCGUGCAGCAGCAGCAGCAGCAGCAGCAACAACACAAAUACAACGUAGGACGCUCGCGAUCGAGGGACAGUGGCUCCCAUUCGCGUUCGGCCAGUGCCAGUUCCACCAGGAGCACGGACAUUGUGCUGCAGUACAGCAAUCAUCAUUUGAACAACAAGCGCAACAUGAACAACAGCAGCAACAUCAUCAACAGCAGCAGCAACAUCGCCCUGACCAACAACAAUAAUAACAGCCUGCUGAAUCGCAAUAAGUCGCAUUCGAUCAUUGGUCUGCACAGCAGCAAGUACGACUCCUCGCUGAAGGACAACUACAGUGCGAAGAAUGUGAAUCUGAAGAAUCAGCUGCUGAACGGCGGCAUCAAGAGCGACACCUACGAGAGCGUCUGUCCGCCGGAGGAUGUGGCCGAGCGGACCAAGCAGACGCACAAAAACUCCAUGAUCCGCAACAAUCUGGCGGAUGCCUCGACCAUCAGCAACAACAACAACAACAACAGCAACAACAGCAUCAGCGGCAGCAACAACAACAUCAGCAACAUGAGCAACAUGAACGGCGGCAGUCAGAGCAGCAGGAAUCUCAAGCGGGUCUCCUCGGCGCCGCCAAUGCAAAAUUUGGCUGUGGUUAAUGGACCACCUCCACCACCCUUGCCGCCACCGUUGAGGGCACCUGCUCAGCAGCAGCGCAAUAAUUUGAACGCCGAGCAGUCCAACAACAUGAAUGCCAACAAUGGCAUUUACAAGAAGAAUGUCUUUGGACCGAAUCAGGGUCCAGCCACCGCCGCUGCUCCUCCGCCAGUUCCGGCUCCCAAUCCCGUAGUCGCCGAUGCCGUUGACUCGGAUUCCGGACUCGAGGUGGUCGAGGAGCCGAGCUUGAGGCCAUCGGAACUGGUGCGCGGCAACCACAAUCGCACCAUGUCCACCAUUUCGGCGAACAAGAAAGCCAAGCUGCUCAAUGCCAGCAGCACAAAUGGAGUUAGUGCCGCCAGUCCGGAGGAUUCCCGAUCCGGCGGAGGUGUAAAUGGCAAUGGCACUGGAAGUGGCAGUGGCAAUGGCAAUGGAAAUCUUACUGCUCCUGGAGCAACCAAUAAUAGCAAUGCCCAUUUUUAUGGAUAUGCAGAGGGUGUUAAGGGUCAGAGGGGCAAUGGAAAUGCAAAUGGAAAUGGAAAUGGAGGCUAUCCCAAUCAGCAGCCGCAUUACCCGAGCAACCAGCAUCAUCAGUACACGCCCAGCUUGUAUGGAGGUGGCUCCUCCGCCGAGGAUCACUACGAGCUCACCCAGCAACAGCAGCAGAUCUACGGGGAAACCCACUUGGCCGGUGGACAGCGGACGGGCGGACCCAAUCUGGUCAACAAGCAGCUGGUGCUGCCGUUUGUGCCGCCCAGUUUUCCCAAUAAAUCACAAGACGGCGUCACGCAUCUCAUCAAGCCGUCCGAGUAUCUCAAGAGCAUCAGCAUCGACAAGCGUUCGUGUCCAUCCUCCGCCCGCUCCACGGACACGGAGGACUACAUGCAGAUUCAGAUCGCCCAGCAGCAGCAGCAGCAGGUGCACCAUUCGCAGCUCCACUCGCAGCAUCCGCAGUCGCAUCCGCAUCCGCACCACCCACAUCCGCACCACCCCCAUUCGCACCAGCUGCAUGGAAUGGGCGAGCAGCCGCCGCUGCCGCCUCCGCCGCCGCCCCUGCCCCACGGCAUGCUGCCGCCGCAGCCGCCCAUGAUGGGUCCGCCGAUGGGUGGGGCGGUCGGCCAGGAUGUCACCAUGUCCGGCAAGUCGCACAAGCCCAAGAAGCCGCACGGAUCGGCGCCCAACAGCCAGGACACGGCCACCAGGAAGCAGCACCAGCCCCUCUCGGCCAUCUCCAUUCAGGAUCUGAACAGCGUCCAGCUGCGCCGCACGGACACGCAAAAGGUGCCGAAGCCCUACCAGAUGCCCGCUCGCAGCCUGAGCAUGCAGUGCCUGACCUCCAGCACGGACACCUAUCUCAAGUCCGACCUGAUUGCCGAGCUGAAGAUCUCCAAGGACAUACCCGGCAUCAAGAAGAUGAAGGUGGAGCAGCAGAUGGCCAGCCGGAUGGACUCGGAGCACUACAUGGAGAUCACCAAGCAGUUUUCGGGCAACAACUACGUGGAUCAGAUCUACUUGCAGAUACCGGAACGGGACCAGGCCGGCAACGCCAUACCCGACUGGAAGCGCCAGAUGAUGGCCAAGAAGGCGGCCGAGCGGGCCAAGAAGGACUUCGAGGAGCGCAUGGCCCAGGAGGCGGAGUCGCGCCGCCUCUCCCAGAUCCCCCAGUGGAAGCGGGAUCUUCUGGCGCGGCGCGAGGAGACGGAGAACAAGCUGAAGGCGGCCAUCUACACGCCCAAGGUGGAGGAGAACAACCGGGUGGCGGACACCUGGCGGCUGAAGAACCGCGCCAUGUCCAUCGACAACAUCAACAUCAAUCUGGCCGGCAUGGAGCAGCACUACCAGCAGAUCCAGUUCCAGCAGCAGCAGCAUCAGCAGCUCCAGCAGCAGCAUCAGCAGCUCCAACAGCAACUCCACCAGUUGGGCAACAAGGAGAACCAUAGCGAUCUAAAAAGUGCUGAUCAGGAUCAGGAGCAGGCCGUCGGUGGCGUCCAGGAGCUUCUCGAAUCCUCGGAGGGCAGUCAGGGACACGCCGAGGAGGAGGAGGACAACAUCAUUCCGUGGCGCGCCCAGUUGCGCAAGACCAACAGUCGCCUCAGCCUGAUCUGAACACCACAACAUCCAAUCCAAAUCCAGCCCAUGACUCAACUUCUAAGCGGUGCAUUUUUUUUUUUUUUUUUUUUUUUCGAAUAAAUUAAAGAAUGUGCAAUCAUUAAAAGAAGAUACCCUAAAUAUAAACCAUUAAAAUUAAGCCUAAGUUACUAGCUACUUACAUUGUACUAUAUGCAUUAUCAUAACCCCCUAUUAUUACGCCUAAAUCGUACUCAACGUUUUGUUUUUUUUUUUUUUUUUUUUGUGGCAAAAAGAAUAUUGUUAUUCCUAGGGGGGCAGAAAACCCGUAUAUAUCUAAUCUUUACCGCUGUCCUUGAGUUUUAUUUCGGUGUUGUAUUUUUAUCACUUUUAAUGUCUAACUAUAAUUGUACUUUUUUUUUGCGUGACUCGUCUUGAAUUUAUUAAGUAAUGACAUUAAUUUAAUUGUCUCGGCUAAGCAUUUUUUUAUUGUUAUUUGUUUUUAUAUACGCGGCUCAAACAAUAUUAUUAUUAAUUACAUAAAUACACAAAUACAUAUUACAUCUAUGAAUAAACAAGCGAACGAAUGAAUCAAUAAAUACAUAUAU